AUGGAAGUCGGCUCGAGAUUUGACAGCUUCUCGGAAUUUGAACGGGCAUUUCGCGAGUUUCAGGUACGAAACAAUGCUCUCUUCGUCACCAAAGCUUCCAAAAAGAUCGAAGUAGUAAACGCGCGCCUGUCUAGCGGUCUGAAACGACUGGACCCCAAGCUUAAGUUCGCGAAUGCCACGUACGUGUGCAAGCAUGGAGGGGAGCUACGGUGCACGGGGACAGGCAUACGACCUCGGCAAAGGACGAUGAAGCAGAACUGCCCUGCGACAGUCGUCAUUGCCGCACGUCGCGAGGCCCAGCAGCUCGAAGUGAUAAAAGUCGACUGCAAUCACUGCCAUGAACUAAGCAACGAGCUCUUUCAGUCGUACCCAGAGAACCGCCGUCUAACAGACGAAGAAAAGAACUACGCGCUGCCGCUCAUGGAGCUCAAUGUGUUGCCAAGCGUGAUUGCGGGGAAGCUGAAUGAGAAGACAGGGAAAACAGUGCUGCCGAAGGACUUGCACAAUGUGCGGGCAAGCGUUCAAGGUACCGACGAAGCCAAGCAACUUGUCGAAGAAAUUGAGAAUUGCCGUAGCAAGCAUAAUGCAAAGGUUGUGCUUGUGACGGAUGAAAAUAAGGAGCUUCAGCUUAUGUUCAUCCAGACCCCUCUCAUGCAGCAUGCGUUCCAGUCAUUUCCAGAGGUGCUUUUGCUGGAUGCGACAUACAAGACCAACAAGCUAAAGAUGCCACUAUUUGUGUUCCUCGUACAGGAUGGAUGUGGCAACAGUCAAGUUGUUGCAUACGCAUUUGUUGCUUCGGAGCAAUAUCAUAAUGUGUCAGCGGUGCUCGAUAUCUUUGUAAGGGAGAACUCAAGCACUGAGCAAACAAAGGUGGUUGUGGUUGACAAAGACUUUACAGCCAUCAGUGCAAUCCGGAGUGCGUUUUCCAGCAAGCCAGCAAUACAGCUUUGUCAAUUUCAUGUUGUCAAGGCUUUUCAAACUGCAGCAAAUCAGCUUGCAAAAUCAGCCGAUGAACGCAAAAGCAUUAUAAGAAGCUUCAAGGAAAUGCUUCACGCCCCAACAACUGCUCAGUUUGAAGAGGCGAGGAUGGAGUUUGAGAGGUACGCAAACAAAGAAGCACUUGAGUACUACAAGAAGAACUGGGACAAUAUACGCGAGAUGUGGGUUCGUCACCUAUGUGACCAGGAGUUCACAUCAGGAAAUAACACUACAAAUCGGGUCGAAGCACACAAUGGCGUCAUUAAAACAGUCCUGUCAUCAUCUACCAAGCUUAGUGAAGCUCUCAGCAAGCUGGUAAACCUUGCAGCUGCCACACAGCAAAAGACAUUCCAUACAGCCACUCUUUUGAAGACAUGUCAGUUUUACUCAUACAAAAUUUCAGAGGUCGAAAAGCAAUGCGCACAAGUACUUACUCCGUAUGCAUGUGCUCUUGUCAGCAAAGAGUUGUCAAAAAUGCGGGACACUAACCCGGAGGUAAAGGAGGUGUCACCAGCAAAGUACCAUGUUGCAUCUGCAAGUGGUGACACUUCACAUGAAGUUUGUUUGAAAAAUCAAACAUGCAGUUGUACCACCUUUUCAAAGAUGGCUCUAUUUUGCCGGCAUUUUCUAGCCGUUUGUACGAAGUUGAGUGUUCAGCCUGACAUUGAAAAAGCUGUACAUAAGCGAUGGUUUAAAUCAUAUCAAACAAAUUUUGUUCAUUGUGCCCAGACUAGUAAUCAAGACAGCCAUGCUUCUGAAAGUCUUGAAGUUUUGUCGAUACCUGGACCAUGUUUCAAAAAAAUGAAUCGAAACCAGCGUUUCAACUUCGCUAUGCAGACGUUAAAAGCCGUUGCCGACACUCUUGCAGACUGCCAUCCUGAAGUAUUUGCAAGUCGGCUCAAAGUCCUUGAAGACGUGAACAAGGCUUGGCUGCAGGGCAAUGAUGUCACUGUGGGCUCUCCAGAAGCCAGUGCGUGCAGUGGUAGCUCUAGUAAGAACUCGCGGCGAAUGACACACAGUGGUGCAUCAUCAGACAGCACAGACAAGCUUCCUCGAACAAGUUCCCUGCAUGAAGAAAGGGCUCAUGAAAAGGAUGCUUGUGGAGAGCAGCAAGAGGAAAUGCUGAAAAACCGGCACGAUAUGCUGGAGGAAGAAGAUGGUUGCACAAAAAGAAUUCGUGAAGAGGAUUCUUGUGGCGAGCAGCUAGAGGAAAUGCCAGAAAACCAGGAAGAUGCACAGCAGGACGACAAAGAUGGGUGCCUAUUUAAGCUUCCUGUAGUCAAGAGCAGAGGACGUCCAGCGAAAAGGCUUUGUCAACGGAAGCUGAAAAGGGAUAGGAAGGAACACCAGCCAGUGCCUUUUAAAGAGUUGUCCCCAAGGUCACAAGAGCAGUUGCUUUUGACUGGUAUUGCCGGCCAGGAUGCUACAAGACGGGUGCUUGAAAAAGGCUGCCGUUUAGAUGAAAGCGAGGUUGAAGUUCGCCCUGAGCUGUUGCCCAGUGCCCUCCUUGACUGCAACGUGUGCCUGCCUAAGAUCAAAAAGUUUUUCACUCCGGAUGCAUGGCUUUCACUAAUGUCAUCAAUUGCAACAAAGAAGCAGGAAGAGCUAUGGCUCUGUGGCCAGUGCAAGAGAAAAGACGAUGGAGAAAUCAAAAUGAUUUCUUGCGACCGUUGCCUGGAAUGGUUUCACUGGCCUUGCGUCCAAGUCAAGAAGCAGGACAUAGGAAGACUCUGGUUUUGCCCAGGCUGCUCACUGUCAGUGUAAAGACAGCAUUUCAUUUAAAUAAAGGAGUGUUUGACCUGUCA